CCGGGCGCCAACAAUUCUGGCGCGCGCGUUCCCAGGCCUUCCUGGCUCCGGAGGCGCGGUUUCUCAGCUUCCGCACGCUUCAUUUUCGGGAUCCCCGGGGCGUCCUCGUGAAAGCGGUCCGCGUGGGUGACGGCCGCCCGGUGGCACGGCCCGGCUUGUGUGGAGGCCGCCUCAGGAGCGGGCCCGCGAGCGCGCAGAAAUGAACACAGAAGCAGAACAACAGCUUCUUCAUCAUGCCAGAAAUGGCAACGUUGACGAAGUGAGAAAGCUCCUGGAAGCCAUGGAGCGGACUGAAGUGAUCGCUGACAUCGACUGUAAGGGAAGAAGUAAGUCUAAUUUGGGCUGGACACCUCUUCAUCUGGCAUGCUACUUUGGACAUAAACAAGUGGUCCAGGAUCUGUUGAAGGCUGGUGCAAAAGUGAAUGUGUUAAAUGACAUGGGGGACACGCCACUACAUCGAGCUGCCUUCACAGGACGAAAGGAGCUGGUAAUGCAUCUUUUAGAAUACAAUGCUGAUUCUACGGUUGUAAAUGGGAGUGGACAGACAGCAAAAGAAGUCACCGAUGACAAAGAAAUCAGAAGCAUGCUUGAAGCUGUGGAAAGGACUCAACAAAGGAAGCUUGAAGAAAUGCUUUUAGACGCAGCAAGAGAAGGGAGAACAGUCCAAGUAUCAGCUCUGCUCAGCAGGCCCAGUCCUCCCAAUGUGAACUGCUCGGAUCAGUUAGGAAACACCCCCCUGCACUGUGCUGCUUACCGGGCCCAUAAACAGUGUGCCUUAAAGCUCCUGAGAAGUGGAGCUGACCCCAACCUGAAGAACAAAAAUGAUCAGAAACCUCUAGAUCUUGCCCAUGGUGCUGAAAUGAAGCAUAUUCUUGUUGGCAAUAAGCAGGUCCCCUACAGAGCGCUGCGGAGAUAUGAAGGUCCUCUCUGGAAGAGUUCAAGAUUUUUUGGCUGGAAGUUAUUCUGGGUAGUGUUAGAACAUGGAGUUCUUUCCUGGUAUAGGAAACAGUCUGACGCAGUCCGUAAUACUUACCGCCAGGGAUGCAAGCACCUGACUCAAGCAGUGUGCACGGUGAAACCCACAGAUAGCUGCCUCUUCUCCAUCAGAUGCUUCGAUGACUCGGUUCAUGGCUUUAGGGUUCCUAAGAACAGCCUUCAGCAGUCACGAGAGACGUGGCUGGAAGCCAUUGAGGAGCACUCUGCCUACAGCACUCACUACUGCUCUCAGGACCAGGUGACUGACGAGGAAGAGGAGGACGCUGUUUCUCCCAUGGACCUGAAGGAGGCCUUAGAGAGAACACAAACAUGUCAACAGAGACUAGAUAAGGAAAUUUACAACUUUCUCAAGAUGAUUAAGGAGUAUGAUGUGGCCAAAGACAUGCUUCCAUCAUUUCUUCAGAAAGCCGAAGUUGUCUCAGAAGCUUCCAGAGAGACCUGUGUGGCUUUGAGUGACUGCCUCAACAUCUUCACUAAACAAGAAGGGGUGAGGAAUUUUAAAUUGGAACAGGAACAAGAAAAAAACAAAAUUUUGUCAGAAGCACUGGAGACUUUAGCCACCGAGCAUCAUGAACUAGAGCGAUCCCUGGCUGAAGGAUCCCCGCCUGUCAGCAUCCUUAGUGAGGACGAGUUCUAUGAUGCGCUGUCAGGUAACUCCUGCUUCACCUUACCUGCGUUGUUGGAAGUGUGGAGUCCACCACCCAAGAGUCUGUGUUCCGAGUCUGAGGGGUCCCUGACGUGCCUGGAAGCUGUGACAGCACACUCCUUUGAAGAGAACGAAGUGCCCGUGAGCAGUGGAAAGCACAGAAUGUCCGAAGGAAAAGACUGUGGUGGGGGAGAUGCACUCUCCAAUGGCGUCAAAAAGCACAGAACAAGCCUGCCUUCACCCAUGUUCUCCAGAAACGAUUUCAGCAUCUGGAGCAUCCUCAGAAAAUGCAUUGGGAUGGAGCUGUCUAAGAUCACAAUGCCGGUCAUAUUCAAUGAGCCGUUGAGCUUCCUGCAGAGGCUCACUGAGUACAUGGAACACACUUACCUCAUCCACAAAGCCAGCUCGUUUGCCGACCCUGUGGAAAGGAUGCAGUGUGUAGCUGCAUUUGCUGUGUCUGCUGUUGCUUCUCAGUGGGAGCGUACUGGAAAGCCCUUCAACCCACUUCUGGGAGAGACUUAUGAAUUAGUUCGAGAUGACCUUGGAUUUAGACUCAUCUCAGAACAGGUCAGCCAUCACCCCCCAAUCAGUGCGUUCCACGCAGAAGGGCUAAACAAUGACUUCAUCUUCCAUGGCUCAAUUUACCCCAAACUGAAGUUCUGGGGGAAGAGUGUUGAAGCAGAACCUAAAGGAACCAUCACCUUGGAACUUUUAGAACACAAUGAAGCGUACACAUGGACAAACCCCACGUGCUGUGUGCACAACAUCAUCGUGGGCAAACUCUGGAUUGAGCAGUACGGCAAUGUGGAGAUCAUAAACCACAAGACUGGGGACAAAUGUGUGUUGAAUUUUAAGCCUUGUGGUCUUUUUGGCAAGGAAUUACACAAAGUUGAAGGCUACAUACAAGAUAAAAGCAAAAGGAAACUCUGUGCUCUCUACGGGAAGUGGACUGAGUGCUUGUACAGUGUUGACCCUGCCACUUUUGACGCCUACAAAAAGAACGAUAAGAAAACCACAGAAGAGAAGAAGAAUAGCAAACAGACAAGUUCAUCUGAGGAGUCUGAUGAAAUGCCGGUGCCAGAUUCUGAGAGUGUCUUCAUUAUCCCUGGAAGUGUGCUCUUGUGGAGGAUAGCCCCACGGCCUCCCAACUCUGCUCAGAUGUAUAAUUUUACCAGCUUCGCGAUGGUUUUGAAUGAAGUAGACAAGGAGAUGGAGAGUGUGAUUCCCAAGACGGACUGUAGGCUGCGGCCUGACAUCAGAGCCAUGGAGAAUGGAGAGAUAGAUCAAGCUAGUGAAGAAAAAAAACGGCUUGAGGAAAAACAAAGAGCAGCCCGCAAAAACAGGUCCAAGUCAGAAGAGGACUGGAAGACAAGGUGGUUCCAUCAAGGUCCUAACCCCUACAAUGGAGCACAGGACUGGAUUUACUCUGGCAGCUACUGGGACAGAAACUACUUCAAUUUGCCUGAUAUUUAUUAAAGUGCAGAGAAGUCAAGGUGUUUGGCUAAUCUACAUAAGUCUUAAGCUUAAGUUUUUAAAUUUUCCCUUGGUUUCUACUCCUAAAUUCCAUUUCAUCCCACAAGGUAGGGUGUGAUGGCAUUGGUGAAGGUCACAGGGAAGGCGAGGCUCUUGGCUUCCUGCCUGCUUCCCUGGAGCCCUGUUUUUGUGAACCGAGCAGCUGCUGGGGGUGCUGUGUAGUCUAACAUUCAGCUUUAUGGGACUCUAUAGUGAUCCAAAAAUCAAGUUAUUGUCAAUAUUUUUAUGCUAUUAUGCUUGAGUAGCUUAGGUGUAGCUUUGAAAUGUUUAAAAUUCUUCUGUACAAUGUUAUGUGCUCAAAUGUAAAGGUUGUCAUUUUACAAGAACUAAAUUGGUAAGACGGCCUUUCAGGGAAAUCAGUCCUCUCAAUUCUACAUUGCCAUCUCCAAAAUAGAGUAGAGGGGUGGGACAGAAUCGGGAAUUCCAGACUUGAAAAUUCUAAACUGGAAAGGUAUCUCCUUAUCACUCUGAAUUUUCUUCCACAUUCUGGGAUCACUCUCAUUAGAAUUUACACAGACAAAUUUUAUUUUGAACUGAAAAUCACAAAAAUGUCCUAGAAAUAGAUUUUAAUCGAUACCAUUAUCUAAUGACAAACCUUUAAGCUUCAACUUCCAAUGGCAGAUGCCACAGAGAAAUUAAGCUGCACUCGUGUAUUAUAAUCUGUGUACGAGGAGGCCUUGUGCAUUUUGAGUUUGCAAGGUACUGGAGACCUACUGUACAGUAGCUUUGCCCCUUUAAUUGGGGUAAUCUUAUAGUAUUUAUCCAACCAAAUCCCAGACUGAGAUACUUGCCCUAGAGGGCCUAGGUAGCUUCCAGUAAGUUACUUUAAUUGUAUUAAAGUUAACAAGUGUUAUAAUGAUGCUAAAUAAAAGCUUUAGAAUAUUAAAGUGUGAA